AUGAUUGCAGAUGGUGCUCAGCCUGGACACCGCUCAACUCUGGUUGUCGUGGGGACAGUGGCUGGAGCAGUCACUCUGGUGUCACUGCUGUUCUGUGGAUAUCGCCUCUUUACAGGUAAAAAGAAGCUAGGUCUGGUGACUCCAAAUGUCCCAGAGACCUCGAACGCAUCAUGUGUGGACAUGGAGGAGCUCAAACUGUGGGAGCUGAUUGGUCGAGGCCGCUAUAGCUGUGUUUACCUUGGCACCCUGAACGAGCGCAGUGUAGCAGUGAAGGUUUACUCCUCUGCGCACAGACAGAAAUACAUCAACGAACACUAUAUCUACAGCCUUCUGUCGCUACAGCAACAGCCCAGCAUAACCCACUUCCUGUGUGCGGAUGAGAGGGUGGAUAGUGAGGGCGACACACAGUUCCUCAUCGUCAUGGACCACUACGCACACGGCUGUCUGUCUCACUUUCUAUCCCACACGUCGGUGGAUUGGACAUCCUGCUGCAGGAUGAUGCAUGGGAUUACCAGGGGUUUGUCCUUUCUGCACUCAGAGGUUCUCACUGGAGAUGAGUCCAAACCUGCACUGGCCCACAGAGACGUGAGCAGCACCAAUGUCCUGGUCCGCUCUGACCUGUCCUGUGUUCUAUCCGACUUCAGUCUGUCCAUGAGCCUGGCUCGAGACCCCAGACAUCUACAUGGAGAUGGAGACAGCGUGGCCAUCUCUGAGGUGGGCACACUCCGUUACCUGGCCCCAGAGCUCCUUGCUGGGGCCCUGGACCUGCACGAGUAUGGGACAGCUCUGAAGCAGGUGGAUGUGUAUGCUCUGGGACUGCUGUUCUGGGAGGCUUUUAGGAGGUGCCACGACCUGUUCCUGGGGAGGCCUGCUCCACACUUCCAGCUGGCCUUUGACUCAGAGCUGGGACAGGAGCCUUCUCUGGAGGACAUGCACAUGCUGGUGGUCAGGGACAAGAGCCGGCCAUGCUUCCCCUUGGAGUGGAGGGACAACAUCUCGGUUCUGAGGCAGCUGAAGGACACCAUGGAGGACUGCUGGGAUCAGGACGCAGAGGCCAGGCUGAGUGCCCACUGUGUAGAGGAGAGACUAUGCCAGCUGUCCCUGCUCCGAGUGCCCGCACAUCACCAGACUCAUGAGUGGCCUCCAGUGGACUUGUCCUCCUCCAGGCCUGAUGUAGCUGUGGAUCUGACAGGCUCCAGCAGCACAGUGGAGGUUCUGCCUCAGAGGCCCUCUAGCCUGCAGCUGCUUUCUACUGCCUCAUCCAGAGAAAGGCAAGGGGCUACACAGCACACUGUCCAAACCAGAGAGAGGCAGGUGCAGACAGGAGUGGCCAAAAUGAACUCAGUGGCACUCCUAGCUCAAGUGAACAUUACCACAGCGAUCAGCAGAGGAGCAGUGUGGAUGGCGGAUGGCUCUAGUGCCGGGGUGCCCACCCUGGUGACCAACCACCUGAUGGCCCGAGGAGUGACCAACCGGGGUGGGCCACAGGAGGAGGACUCAUCCUGCAGAACUAGAUCUCCUGUGAAAAAUUUCUUCUGGACUCCAGUCCAUCUCUGUCACUCCUAUAACAGAGGUGGCUAUGAGGGCUGGCCUUUGAGCAGUAACAGAUGGCUCGGUGUUAGUGCCUCCAGAUCAUUUGGAUCCGUGGAUGAGAACUGUAUGAAGGCCCUUCUCAUCCAGAUGUUGAACUUUGAGGGUUGGGUUCAAGACCUUCCUCACAAAUCUGAUCAGCCUCUCCCACAGUUCUCCAUGAUGUGA